AUGGAAGGAGAAAAAGGAAAAGAACAUCUGAUAGGCGGUCAUCCAGAUGGUGGAGGACAGAACUCUGUGGCAAUUGAAGUUUUACAUGAAGACAAAAAUUUUUCUCAGCAUGAUUUAGCAGCUCUUGUUGCCAGCAAAGUGUUUUAUCAUUUAGGAUCAUUCAGUGAUUCUCUUACGUAUGCUCUUGGAGCAGGACGUUUAUUUGAUGUUAAUUCUAGAUCAGAAUAUGUUGACACAAUCAUAGCCAAAUGCAUUGAUCAUUACACAACUCUCAGAAUACAUAAUCUAGAAAAUCCUGAUGAUGUACAACCCAUUGAUGCCCGUUUAGAAGCCAUUGUGGACAGAAUGUUUCAGAGAUGUCUUGAAGAAGGACAGUAUCGUCAAGCCCUUGGGAUUGCACUUGAAACAAGGAGAAUGGAUGUUUUUGAGAAAUCCAUCAUGCAAUCUGAUGACAUACCUGGAAUGCUUCUCUACGCUUUUCAAGUUUCCAUGGCUUUGCUUCAAAAUCGUGGCUUUCGAAACACAGUUUUAAGAAGUCUUGUGAGCCUGUAUCGAAAUCUUAAUAUUCCAGAUUAUGUGAAUAUGGUUCAGUGCCUGAUAUUUCUUGAUGAUUCUCUCUCAAUUGCCCAAGUCCUGGAGAAGCUCUGCAAGGAGAGUGAGGAAAAUACAUUGAUGGCCUACCAGUUAGCAUUUGAUAUUUAUGAAUCUGCUACUCAACAGUUGAUUGGAAGUAUUGUUCAGUCUUUAAGUGCUUCAGCUCCUAUACCUUCACUUGCAAAAGGAAAAGUUUUAGAACCAUCUUCUAUACUGGAAGGCUUGAUUGGCAACCCUAUAAAAGAAUUACAGUUACCUGAGAAAGAUCCUUCUUCUUUGACUGAAGAAGAAAAAAAGUACCAAACAAGGAUGGAAAAUCUUAGUAGAAUAUUGAGUGGCGAGGUCUCAAUUGAACUUCAUUUGCAGUUUCUCAUCAGAUCAAAUCAUACUGACAUGCUCAUUUUGAAAAAUACCAAAGAUGCUAUAAGAGUUUCUAUUUGUCAUACAGCCACUGUGAUUGCCAAUGCAUUUAUGCACAGUGGAACUACUUCAGACCAAUUUCUUAGAGAUAAUUUAGAUUGGUUGGCAAGAGCUACCAAUUGGGCAAAGUUGGUUGCUACUGCAUCAUUAGGUGUGAUUCAUCGAGGUCACGAGAGCCAGGCACUUGCCCUCAUGUCGACAUACUUACCUAGUGAACCUGGCCCUUCUUCAGGGUACUCUGAAGGUGGUGGCCUCUAUGCUCUCGGUCUAAUUCAUGCAAACCAUGGUGCAGCUAUAAUAGACUAUCUCCUUGGCCAAUUAAAAGAUGCACAGAAUGAAAUGGUGCGCCAUGGAGGUUGUCUUGGUUUAGGACUUGCUGCAAUGGGUACUCAUAAAAUGAACAUAUAUGAACAGCUAAAAAUGAAUUUAUAUCAGGAUGAUGCUGUUACUGGUGAAGCAGCUGCCAUUGCUAUGGGAAUGGUGAUGCUUGCUUCUAAGUCGUCUUUGGCAGUUCAGGACAUGGUUGCAUACGCCCAGGAAACCCAACACGAGAAGAUCCUCCGCGGAUUGGCUGUUGGUAUAGCCCUGGUGAUGUACGGAAGACUGGAAGAGGCGGAUCCCCUGAUCGCCCAACUCAUGUCCGACAAAGACCCCAUCCUAAGGCGUAGCGCCAUGUACACUCUCGCCAUGGCCUACUGCGGCACUGGCUCCAACAUGGCCAUCAGGAAAUUACUCCACGUAGCCGUGUCCGAUGUCAACGACGACGUGAGAAGAGCUGCUGUGAUGGGCUUAGGAUUCCUCUUGUUCAGGUGA